AUGAGAACUUUAUAUUCGAUUUUAACAAGGGGACUUAAGAAUAGAAUAGAAAACGUAUUAAAAGAAAUCACAAUCCUUGACCAGCAGAUUCCAUAUUUCGCCACAGCUCCGGGAUUUCAUCAGGAUAUUCAUCUUUUAUAUACACAUUUGAGAAAUGUUAAAGCAACAUUAUCAGAUUUAAUGAUGACUUAUCUCACAAAAUUCGAGAAAUCAGCAGAUCCAGAUAUUAACAUAUCCAAAGCUUUAAAAUUGCACCUAGAAAUUUUUAAUUCCCAUGAAUUUAUGAUACUAUCAAGAGAACUACUUGGACACCAUUCAUCUAUAGCAACAAUUAUUGGAAAUGAAUACGAAAAAAUUACGAAAAACCUCGACGAAGCGACUGAUGCUCAAUUAAGAAUGGUUAGUUUAAUUUUUCCAUAUGAAUUUGUAUUAAAUAUGCUUGCAGAUCAAAAAUUUCUUAAAUCGUAUAUGAGUUUUUGUUUAAAAUACACUACAAUCAACAAUACUUAUUAUAUUAACGAAGUUUUCAAGCUAAUUCAAGUAUAUCAUAAAGCUCAUUCAGAUCAGUACCAGACACUAUAUUUUACUCCAGACGCUCCAAUGUUCUUUGAGCUUGCUGAACAUUUAAUUGGAUUAUUUAACUCAGAAAUCAUGAUUGAAACGCAGAUAGACAAACUCACAGAUUUCCAAAUACUUCAGAAGUGCAUGAUGAUCUCGAAAUCAGGACCACAAACCUGCGGAUUGAAUGAAAAUUUGUUAAAUAAUUUAUUAAAUCACAAAAUCGAGCGAAUUGAUGUCCAUUACUUACGUUCAACCAUGAAUUCUCUACCAGAUAUAACUUACGAGCCCAUUGAUAUCCCUGCCCUUCAACAUAUUUCGUUCGAAUUACGAAAAACUCAAUUACAAUGCUGUCCAACCGAAAUGCUUCACUGCAUUGCCAAUACUCUCAAAUGGAUAUCCGAUGCUCUUACUGCUGGCGGAAAAGCAGCAGGCGCUGACGAGAUUUUCCAAUUUUAUGUUUAUAUUAUUUCUUCAACCCACGUAAUUUGCAUCCAAACCCUCAUAAACUUCAUGGAAACAUAUGUAUACGAGGGGCUCCGUGAGACCAAAUACCCGUUCCUCAUCUCACAGACCAAAAUAGCCCUAGAUUUCAUUGAUGCCAGAAUGAUUGCAGUAGAACCUUAUCUUUUGUUCCCUUUUAAGUACCCACCUGAACGUAUGCAGAAUAUUAUUAAGCUUGCUGACGAUAAUCCUGUGUUUUUGACUGGUUUUGAAGUUAUUGCUUUUCCAACUUUUUCUUUUUACUAUGAAAACUUCUUUCCGAGCUUGAUUUACUACACAGGAAAUGAUGAUGAUAACGUCAAAGCUUAUAAAUAUAAAGUAACAGAUGGUUUCAACCUGAUUUCGCCGAAAUGUCCAAAUUUCGAAAAUGUUGCAACGGUUGAUGGCACUUUCUUCCAAUUAUCCAACCAAGAGGACAUCGAUUACAUCAUUAUGGAUCAGAAAGUCCCAGGACCUCUCUUGGAAAGAAUAAAUUUGGCUUCUUUUUUGAUGAAAAAUUUGGAAAAAAUUCCAAACAAGCCAAGAUUCAGUCUCCUCCUUGAGCAAACGAAAAAUAUAAUUAGUGAUUUUGGUAAGGAUGGAUCAAGCAAUCCUUGCCUCGAAAUCAGAAUAAUUAUAGCUGAAAUUCAAAAAUCAUUAGUUAUAUUAAACUUCCUUCCAGCUCAAUUCCACAUAGAUGGAACAUUCUCUGAUUCAACUGUAUUAGCACUGCAGAAAUACCUUAAGAAUUCCAAGAAUUUUGUUAUUAAUAAGAAGAUAUAUUUUGAUCUCAUCAAAUUCUUAUCUCCUUAG